CCUUGAAACUUGUUUUUAUUUUCGCUCUUUUAUUUUCGUAAUUUAUUUUUGUGUAAAAUACGACAAUUAUUUCCUUAUGAAAUGAGCUGACAAUAUAGUGGCAAUGAUUAAAAACCACCAGACAGGCACAUCCAAACAGAAUAAUAAUAUAUCGGCUUUCGAAGAUGACGAGGUUUUUGAAGACUCGACAAUUUUGGCCAAUUUCAACAAUUCUUCUUUUAAAGAUACGUCUUCCAGGCCCUCUGAGAAUAACAGGAAUGAUUCCCCCAACAGAAGUGGAUUAAAUGUCAGUGCUUUAUGUUGCGAUGAGGAAAUUAGUGGCUAUGACAAGUUGACCGGUGAGACAUGGAUUUAUCCCAUAAACUAUCCACUGAGGGAUUAUCAGUUCAACAUCAUCAAGGCAGCUAUUUUACAGAACACACUUGUAAGCCUGCCAACAGGUUUGGGCAAGACAUUCAUAGCAGCAGUAAUAAUGUACAACUUCUACCGUUGGUAUCCGAUUGGCAAGAUUAUAUUCACGGCCCCUACUCGCCCACUCGUCGCACAGCAGAUUGAAGCUUGCUAUGACAUUGUUGCUAUACCACCUAGUGACACUGUGGAAAUGACAGGUCACAUGCAAGUAGCAACACGUAAGACCCACUGGCAAACUAAGCGAGUGUUCUUCGCGACCCCACAAGUAAUCUACAAUGACAUCAAGUCCGGUAUCUGUCCGGGAGAGAAGAUCCGUUGUCUAGUCAUCGACGAGGCGCACCGAGCAAGGGGAAACUACGCAUAUUGCCAGAUUAUAAGCACAUUGACUGAUAUGGGACAUAAUACUUAUAGAGUGCUUGCGUUGUCUGCUACCCCAGGGAGCAAAGUUGAUGAUGUUGUCAAUGUAGUAAAGAACCUGCACAUAGCUCACCUGGAGCUGCGUACGGAGUCCUGCAUCGACGUGGCGCCGUACAGCCACGCGCGCAAGAUCAACACCGUGGUCAUACCACUCGGGCCAGAGCUCACUCAUCUGAGACAUCACUAUGUUGAGAUUAUGGACAGCUACGCCAGACGACUGAAGCAGCUGAACAUUCUGCCACAAAACCUGGGCAACUUGUCCAAAGGCCGCAUCGUCAUGCUCUACAAGGAGUUCCAGAAUAAAGAGAGAGGAGCCAGGCACCCCCAGCACAACUACAUAAUGAAAGACUUCACCCUCCUGAUCGCGCUUUACCACGGCCUAGAACUGCUAACCAAACACGGGUCCAGAGUGUUUCUGAACUUCUUCGACGAGCACCCUGAGAAGUCCUGGAUACAAUCGGAUGAUAAACUAACGGCGUUGCUCGAGAGGCUCAGAGAUGAUCUCGGGGUUGAUCCUCUGUCGCUGGAUCGGAGUAUCUUGCCUGAUGGGACUGUUCCUGAGAUGCCUAAAGACUUAUCGUUUGGUCACCCGAAGUUCUACAAGUUAAAAGAAAUUAUGUUGGAGCAUUUUACCAGAGCCAAGGAGAAGAAUCAUGACACUAGAGCUAUAGUGUUCUGCGAGUACAGGGAGAGCGUGAACCUGGUACACUGUCUGCUGCUGCAGUGCCGGCCGCUCAUCAAGGCGCAGAUGUUCGUCGGACAGGGCGCCUCUGGUAAAGACGGCAAAACUGUGAUAUCCCAGAAGCAGCAACUGAGAGUGAUGCGUAACUUUAGAGAGGGUACCAGCAACGUGCUGGUGGCCACCUGCGUGGCGGAGGAGGGACUGGACGUGGGCUCUGUCGACCUCAUCAUAUGCUUCGACAUCUCCACGCGCUCGCCCAUCAGACUUGUACAAAGAUGCGGCCGAACGGGCAGGGAGCGUGGCGGGCAGGUGCAUAUCCUGGUGACUGAAGGUCGGGAACAUCAGACCCUGCUAGACUGCAUGCGGCAACGCGACGGUCUCAACAAACAGAUCCGCAGCUCAGUGGAGGUGCAGGCCAGCCUGUAUCGCCACAACCCGCGCAUGCUGCCGCGCCCGCACGCCCCGCGCUGCACACAUAUGCACAUCACGGCUCUUAAACAACCCAGUGAGAGGGGGAAACCGCCAGCCAGUGAUAGAGGGAACAAGGGCCAAAAAGACCUAAGAACCAUGCUCCUAGGACGGGCCUCGUCCAGCGGUUCCAACUCGUCAAAUAACAUGGAUAUAAACCUGAUAUCUGAGCUGGAAUUCAAUGAGAUAUUCCCUCAAGGUUACUUUGAUAGUAAACUCUUUGAAAAUGGCAAGGAAUUUUGGGCUAUGAAUAAAGAAACAAUUAAAGCGACAAGUCAAGAAGAUAAAGUUGGCAUAAAUCUAACUACGUGGUUGGAAUGGCAGAGGACGCUUCAGAAAUCGAUAAACAUUCACCACUCUAAGGAUACCGACAUACUGGCGUCUUUGCUGCAGUACAGCGACGCCAAACGAUUUGAACUGCCGCCGUCUACACAACACCCUGCUUUCAGCUCACAAGAUUUUGCGACUCAAAACGUGGUGACAUCACCAUUAAAACUGAUUUCAACGAAAACAUUAUCCCCUGUUAGACCCCAGUCCCCGGCCAAAGCCAAACAAACUAAAAAGAAACAAAAACUAUUAACUAAAUCUCCAGGAAAGAAAGAUGGCGACAUAAGAGCGUUAUUUAGCACGGCGACGAAAUCCACCAAAAGUUACACUAAAUUAAUACACGAUCUAGGUAUCCAAAAUGAUGGCAGUAUACCUACUAGCUUAGUGAAUUUACUAGUUGAUUUGACUCUGAAUAUUAACAAUAAUGUUACCAAAAAAUGCUACGUAUGUAGCUACAUAUGUGACUGCAAUAUUAUAAAGAAGAAGACUGAACUCAAAUCUUCAAGUUUGAUAGUUUUGACGGACCCCAAAUUACCAGACAUUGAUCUCAUUGACGAUAUUGACGUAGAAACCUUAUUGAAAUGCAAGAAGGAUACAAGUCUUCUAGACACACAAAAUAAUGCCGAUAACGUGAGCUACUUAGAUGUAGACAAUAAAAAUCACAGUAAAAAUUUCGAAUUAGAUUUCGAUUUUGAUUCACCAAUCGAUUUGAAUUCAUCUGGUAAUAAUGACGAAGUUAAAAACGAAGAAAACGCUGAUACGAACUUUGACAUAGGCAACAUUGAAGAUAUAUUCGCUGACAGCAGUCCAGAAGAAGGAAUUAUAAAAGAAAUUGAGAAUAAAGAAAAAAACUCAAGUGAUCCUAAAGAAGCAUUAGGAUUCUUCGGACUGGACAGUAUAGAAGAUAUAUUUGCUGAUUCCGAUGAUAGUGUUAAUAAUAACAUACCUACAACACCUAGCAAAGAAAAGAAUAAUAGUAUAGAAUUAUCUCCUGUGCUCAAAUUCUCUGGAAAAGAUGUACAAAGGACAGAAAACAAUCAAGAAAAACCAAACACAUUUUCCCCAAAGAUAGAAAACCCUCAAAGUCCAUCCAUUUUGUCUGGAAGAGUGAAAAGUAUGCCUACAUCUCCCAUACUCUGUAGUCAACCGCGUAAAUUUAAACUCAGCACGAAGAAAAAUAAAAUGGAAAGUUCAACACCAACUAGCACUGUGAAAAGAUGUUUAAUACCCAAUACUUCUGUGAAUAGUAGUGAUAAAGUUUAUACUCAAGACAAAUCAAAUGUAACGCAAACUAGUUUUACAGUCACUCAAUUACUAGACAUAAUUAAUAGAACUGAUGACAAAUCUUUAUUUAAUACAAAUAAUAAAACUGAAAACCAAACAAAGAUUGAAGACGAAAGAAGCACGUCACCCAUACUCUUAACUCAAGCCGAUAAAAAGAAAAUAAAUGCAAGUAAUACUUUAAAAAAUAAGUCAAAUACAUCGACAGCUAAGAAAAGUGAAAGUUUGAUUGUACUAGACAGUGAUAGCGAUUCUGAAACAGGUACUCAAGUGUAUGAUGUUGAUGACUUUGAAAUUAUGCCGUCACAGAAUUUUAGAACGCCUGAAAAGGAUAAAUAUGUCAAAAACGAAGAACCGAGUGCAGAAUCAUCCAAAACCCCAAUUUCUAGCAAGAGAAAGUUGUCAUUAGAAGAUGAUACAAUAGCAACGUCGCCUUAUUUCAACAAACGCAGAAAAGUAGAAUUAGAUAGCAAGAAGCUGUCUUUACAGCAAAAAGUCCUAGCAGCAUUAACAUCUAGUAAAAUGAACAAAAGUAAAUUCAACACUGACAACACUGUAAAUUUCGUGUUCUCUCCGAGUAAACUAUCACAGAAAGAGAACGAAAAUCCUCUUAAAAAAUUAUGUCCGAAAAAGAAUGAUAUUGACGAUGAAAAAGAAGAAUAUGUAAGGAAAAGCAAUCUGGAAAUGCUGCAAAUGUUUAGGAGGGACAGUAAAAUUGUAAGCCCCAAAGCAGCAUUUGAUUCUUUACUCAACAGUCCAAGAUCAACGCAAAUAAGUAAAAGAAAAUUGUCUUUCGAGGAUAGCGAUGAUGACUUCGUGGACGCAAGAAGCGAACGGAGUAAGAGGCCUGUGAAUGGACGUCAUAAAAAUGGAUCCUUUCCAAAUCAUAAAGUACGAAAGAAAAAUCCUAAAUCGGAGUUUUUGGACCUGGAAGCGGACUUAUCCGACGACCAUUCGGACAGCGGCGAUGAGCUGUCGGACGGCAGUGUUGGCAGCAUUAUUGACUUCAUCUGUGACGAGAACGUGACGCAUCAUGAGGACAUGCAGGCCCAUUACAUGAGAUCCGUCAAGAGUCCAGUAAAAGGAGUUUUCAAAAUACCACAGCUACCAAAGAGGUUUGAAAAUACAGGAGUAUUUUCGCAAUUUGUCGAAGAGGACGCUUACGAGAUGGAUAGUUUUUGCGUAGAUUCCCACAUCGGUCUUACGCAGGCCAACGAUAUGUCAGAACUAGAAGUAGCAGAGAUGAUCCUAGAAGAAAGGAGACAUAAGAAGAAGCGGCCGCGAUUAGACUCUGUAGAAGAGGAUGGCGAUAGUCCAAUAGUGAGACGGAAGAAAAAGGCCAAGCGGAUUCAUAGUGAUUCGGAGGAUAGUAGCUAGAGAAUUGAAAUGUAAGAGCCAAUAUCGUUGAUGUUUAAGAAUAUUCGUAGCCCAAAUUGCAAAAUCAGUCUACAGGAUAAUCAGGUCUAAAGGCAGAAAUUAGUUAAAUACAGAUGACUGUCGUAUUGCAAGAUGUUAAGGAUCAAAUCACAUUUGUUGGCGCCUCAUCGCACUAUUUUUCUGUAACUGAGAACCGUCAUUUAAUAGAGCGAGAGAGCAACCGCACGCGGCAGAAUCGUCGCGGCGAUAGCGCGUUAUACCAAUCUAUACUGUGGACAAACAAACUGCGAUCGCGCGCGUCAUCAUUAUAUGGCUUGCAGGUGUGGUAAGUCGAAACUUCCUGCACUCGACUCGUCCUCAAAAUUACAAAACUGCUACUACUACUGUUUUGACUAAUGGGGAUAAAAACUAGAAGCUGAAAUGUAGGCGGCAGCACUGGUCAGUAUUCCUAAAUGUUGUUAGUUCUCCAUACAGUCGAACUAAAAUUCGUGAUAAAUUGCUAUAAAAUGUGCAUAGCUGUAAGUGAUCCAUAAAUAAAUAAAUAAUAAAAUGUGGAGCAACGUGGAAUGUAUUCCGAAAAGACGCCAGUUUUCUUUGCGAUCUUUAGGGAAUAAUUAUAUAGACUAUGAUUUUGCAGUUAAACGCUGCACAAAGGGUUAGUGUAAAAAUAUAAUCAAAACAAUAUGUUUGUCUACUCAAAUAGUACGGGGAGCUGUCAUAAUUUAAAAACACCCAACAGUAGCGACACCAAGGGGGUCAAAAUGGUCACAUCGAAGCAAUUCAUCUAAGAAAGCAAUGUUGCAAAUUUACAUUUGCGCAUAUAAAAGUAAAUGCGCAAUGCAAACAAAUGUCAUAUAGCAAUAUUGCUUUUAUAGAAGAAUUGCUUCGAUGUGGCCAUUUUAACCCCCCUGGUGGGAGAAAUAAUGCAGUUUUUAUCCUGAUUGGUGACUGGUGACAAAGCCAAAUAUUUAUUACAAGCCCUAGGAUCUUUGAUAAAUGGCCAAUAAAGUGAAUAGUGAGACUUAGUUAUAAAUCCAGCCGGCCUGGAUUGCCAAUGAAACUGUGAUAUAAAUUAACUUAAGAAAUAAUUCGUUAUCUAACACUUAUAAUAAGAAACAAAAUUGUUUCUUAUUAUAUUACUUCCAUAAUGUUUUAAAUCCCACGUUAAGCAUUGCGUACAAUUAUUUAAUAAUUCAAAUUGUAUGAUAAAUAACAAUAUGCUAUUUAAAAUCAUGUUAAAUGCAGGUGUAAAUAAAAAC